GAAAAAUCCCCCUUUCUCGAGAAUUGGGCUUAAAAAUCAAUUACCAUCAUGGGUUUGCAAUCAAACCCAAGAAAUAUGUUGACUAAUUUUUCAUUUCUAGUCCUCUUACUUCUUAUCACUCUCCCGUUGAUCUCUGCUCAGGAUGAAAAUGAAAGAGUGGAGUCAGUUGGACGGCUCAAAGAUCUCGGUAGGCGUAGUAAAAUUAUCGUUGAAAAACUUAAGACUGGUGUUGUAAGGGGUGACAAUGAUCUUGAUUUUGUUGAUGUUGCUCUGGACUUGGAUUCUGGACUUGGGAUCUUUGAUGCCUUCUUUGCUAGUUUUUCCAUGAUCCUUAUCAGUGAGAUUGGUGAUGAGACAUUCAUAAUAGCAGCUCUGAUGGCAAUGCGUCACCCCAAGUCAAUUGUUUUGUCUGGUGCACUCAGUGCCUUGUUUGUUAUGACAAUACUGUCUACUGGACUUGGUAGGAUUGUGCCAAAUUUGAUAUCAAGGAAGCAUACAAACAGUGCAGCUACAGUUCUUUAUGCCUUUUUUGGGCUUCGGCUUCUCUAUAUUGCGUGGAGAUCAGAUUCAAAAGCUUCCCAGAAAAAGGAAAUAGAGGAGGUUGAAGAAAAACUUGAAGCUGGACAGGGGAAAGCAGCAGUCAGACGUUUCUUUUCCAGAUUUUGUACGCCUAUAUAUUUGGAGUCUUUUAUCUUGACGUUUCUGGCAGAGUGGGGAGACCGUAGCCAGAUAGCAACAAUUGCUCUAGCUACACACAAAAGUGCAAUUGGAGUUGCUGUUGGGGCGAUAAUAGGACACACCAUAUGUACUUCAGUGGCGGUGGUGGGUGGAAGCAUGCUAGCAUCCAGGAUCUCACAGCGGACGGUAGCAACAGUUGGAGGCCUUCUUUUCCUUGGGUUUUCCUUGUCAUCCUACUUCUAUCCACCUCUAUGGCUUGAGCUAGGUUCCAGUCCUUACGCAACAAACUUAAGAUACAAAGAAUUAAUUCAUGCCAAGAAAAUCAAAGAUGGGUCUGCUCAGAACUCAUCUAUCAGUAACUACAUUUUGAAUCUUUGCACAAAAAGUAACCAUUUAGCCUAUGCACAAAAACUGUUUGAUGAAAUUCCUCAAAGAGAUGUUCGAACGUGGACGAUACUCAUAUCAGGUUUUGCUCAACUUGGGUGUAAUGGAAAUGCAUUAUGGUUGUUUAUUAAGAUGCAAAAAGAGGGUAUUGUUAUUCCUAAUGAGUUCACUUUAUCUAGUGUUUUGAAGUGUUGUUCUACUGUUACUAAUGGGCUUAGAUUAGGUAAGUCUAUACAUGGUUGGAUGAUUACUAAUGCAGUUGAUUUGGAUGUUGCUUUGGAAAAUGCUUUCCUUGAUCUUUAUGUCAAAUGUGAGGCUUUGGAUUACGCGAAACGGUUCUUUGAAUUGAUGGUUGAUAAAAAUGUGGUUUCUUGGAAUAUAAUGCUGGCGGGAUAUUUGGGUACGGAAGAUAUGGAGAGAAGUGUGAAGCUAUUUAAAAGGAUGCCUGAAAAGGAUGUUUCGAGUUGGAAUACAAUCAUCGACGGACUUUUGCAACGCGGAUUUGAAAGGGAUGCCCUUAAGCUCCUACGUGAAAUGACCUUAGAUGGGCCCUCUUUUAAUGAGGUUACGUUUUCUAUAUCAUUAGCGUUGAUGUCUUCGCUUAGGAAUCUUGAAUUAGGGAGGCAAAUCCAUGGUAAAGUGAGGAGAUUGUUCAUAUACGAAGACACGCUUUUAAGGGCCUCGUUAAUUGAUAUGUAUUGUAAAUGUGGUCAAAUGGAGAACGCUUCUAGGAUUUUCCAAGAAUUGCGUCAAGGUAUUGGUGAAGUACAACAUUCACACUCUGUUCCGUGGAGUACAAUUAUAUCAGGUUAUAUUCACAAUGGCAUGCUGAAAGAUGCUUUAGAAGGUUUUAGCUCCAUGGUACGUGAUCAAUUAGAAGUUGAUGUUUUCACACUGUCAAGCAUUCUUAGUGUUUCUGCAAAUAGUGGACUUCUGGAACUUGGUAGGCAGAUUCAUGGCUAUGUCCAAAAACUUGGACACAUAUGGGACAUAUUUUUGGUUUCAGCAAUUAUUGACAUGUAUGCCAAAUGUGGAAAGUUAGAUUCUGCUCGGUUGUUUUUUGAGCAAACCCAAACUCGGAAUAUUGUGGUGUGGACUACUAUGAUAAACAGUUACGGUAUACAUGGAAAAGGAGCAGACGCUGUUCAGCUAUUUGAGUUUAUGCUGAAUCAGAGGAUUGCACCGAAUGAAGUAAGUUUCAUUAGUGUUUUAACUGCAUGUGGUCAUGCAGGUUUGGUGAAAGAAGGAUGCAAGUAUUUUAGGUUGAUGAAACAAGUUUCUGGAAUCAAGCCUGGUGUUGAACAUUUCUCUUGUAUGGUUGAUCUUUUUGGCCGAGCAGGUUGUUUAGAGGAAGCUUAUGAUUUCAUUCAUGAGAAUGGCAUCUCUAACAUGUCUGAAGUUUGGAAGGUACUCUUAUCUUCUUGCUUGGUGCACAAAAAUGUAAAGAUGGCGAGACAUGUUUCUGAGAAAUUGCUACAACUUCAGCCUAGUGAACACAGCCCUUACAUCCUGUUGUCAAAUACUUGUUCAGACAAUGAAGAUUGGGAUGAAGCAUCGAAAUUAAGGGGUUUGAUGCAGGAAAGGAAAGUUACGAAACUUCCGGGUCAAUCAUGGACUUAGUUGAAGAAUGAAAUCAAGAAUUUCACACAGUUGUUAUAAGGGAAAAAUCAGCAGCAGAGUUAAUGAUUUAUUGAAAUAAGCUGCCAUGCAACUGAAGACACCUAGCUCUGAGAAUGAGAUAAAUUCAGGAAUGUGAGAUGCAGAAGAGGAAGAGAAGAGCAGGCACAUAUGGAUCAUCAGAAGUAUCAUUUGCAUACUCAGUUUCCACUAUUAGAAAAAGAUUUUUUUCCACCGACAUUCGGUGGGAAAUUUGUGCCAUAAAAUAUGAUUUUCCCACCUAAUUUCCACCGAACCAGUUCAGUGGGAAAAUGCAUGGUGGGAACGAGGUUCCCACUGAAAUGCUGGGAAACUUCAUACUUUUUCCGUGUGAAAACACUAGGGAAAUCAGUGGGAAAAUAGAGAUUUUUUAGUACUGUUCCAACCUGAAUUCUAGUGUCCUAAGUUUGACGCAUACUUUACAGUUCUAAGGCUGCAUUUGGAGAUUACCAGAAGAUCAAGCUGGGGAUAGUUAGGGAACAUGAAUUGAAGUUUCUUUUUAUCCUUCUUUAUUUGAUAUACGAUUGAUCAUGUUACUAUUUAUUUUUUGAGAGACCAAGAGCAAUAAUGAUCAGUUAUGACUUUGUUGAA